AACUCUGGAGUCUGGGUUAGAAUCCAUUCUUACCACUGACUAGCUAUGUGUAGCCUUGGACAAGUCACUUAACCAGUCUCAGUUUCUUUAUCUGCAGAAUGGAUAUGGCAGUACCUACGUCAUCAGGUUGUUGCAAGCAUUAAAUGAGUUAGUAAACAUGAAGCUGCUGGCAUAGAGUAAGCGUCAUGUAUGUCUUGGUGGGACUGUUAGCCAAUGUGUACCUCCUGCUUCAUCUAUCCUAAAACAUUAGCCUGACCGCCCUACUCUGCUGCUUUAUACCCCUCAAUGGCUCCCAUUACUUUUAGAAUUAAAGUCCAAACAUCUGGUCUGAGCUUACAGCAUCUGCAGCCCAUCUCUCACAUUCCCAUCUUCCUUCCCACUUUUCACUCUGGCCCCAUGAAAUCUGCAGCUUCCUGAAUGUUCCUUAGUCUUUCAACCUUCUGCCUUUGUACCUGCUGUCCCUGAUGUUUGGACUCCCUUCCCCCAUUUGUUCACCGAACACCCACUCCGAGUCCAGCCUGACCACCCCCCCCCCAUCACUUCUAACGCUGGACCAAGCACCCCAGUAGUCCUGAUCACCCUGGAAUAUAGUUCACAGUCCUCCCAAGCAUAUGAGGUCCUCUCAAGCAAGGGCUGUGCCCCAGGCUUCUGGGGCCCCAGUGGUCAGCACAGGGCAGAUUAAGACACCAUCUCUUGGAAUGUUUUGGGUGGAGGCAUCGUGAACAUGGCUUGACUUGGGCAUUAGCACACUAGGACUCUGUUCCAGACUGUUGUGUGACCUUGAGCCAGGCCCUGCCCUUCCCUCAGCCUCAGUUUCUCCACCUGUGCAGCAAGCUUCCAUCUGGUCCAGUCCCCAUGUGUGAAUUCCUAUCCCACAGAAGGGUGGGUGGGGGACUCAUAAACUGUUGCCCCUGCCCUGACGGGCACACGCCCCUCUCCCAGAUCAUAGCCUUUGACGAGCUGCGGACCGACUUCAAGAACCCCAUCGAUCAGGGGAACCCAGCGCGGGCACGCGAGCGUUUAAAAAACAUCGAACGCAUCUGCUGCCUCCUGAGGAAGCUGGUGGUCCCAGAAUACUCCAUCCACGGCCUCUUCUGUCUGAUGUUUCUGUGUGCAGCAGAGUGGGUGACCCUGGGCCUCAACAUCCCCCUCCUCUUCUACCACCUCUGGAGGUACUUCCAUCGUCCUGCGGAUGGCUCCGAGGUCAUGUAUGAUGCGGUCUCCAUCAUGAAUGCUGACAUCCUCAACUACUGCCAGAAGGAGUCCUGGUGCAAACUCGCCUUCUACCUGCUCUCCUUCUUCUAUUACCUGUACAGUAUGGUUUAUACGUUGGUGAGUUUCUAAGGGGGAAGCCGGCCAGGGAGCAAGCCCAGAAUGGACCGGACGCCUGUGCACCCCCAGCCCUGCCCCUCGGCCGCAGAGGCCUCAGCCCCGGGGAGGGAGGGGGCACUGGUGCCCCCAGCCUCCUCUCCACGCCCCCCCCCCCCCAAACUGCUGCUGCGGGGACCUCCCGCCUUCAGAGCCCCCUCCCCUUGGACUAGGGCUGGGCAGAGCUCUAAAUAGGGGCAGGGGCUCCUCUGCCAGCCUGUAGGCAUGGCAGUCAGUCUUGGAAGGGGUGGAACCUCCAGCCUUGUCCACUUCGGUGGGGCAGGGGGGGAGGGACAACGGGCCCUGCCAACGGGCAGGGCUUGACCCUGGAAGUUCUAGGCCACCCCCCUCCACCCCCACCCUGAGGCUCCCCCUGCAGGUGGGGGGGUACCCACACCAGGAAUGAGCAGGCUCAGCAGGGGGGCAGCCCCACCCCUAGUCUGCCCUCUCCCCUCCCCCAGGCUCUCUCUCCAGAUCUCCCCCUUCCCCAUUCCCACUUGCCCCAACCCCAGCCUGUCCUGUCUCUUGGACCUAUUUUCUAUGUUGCCUGGAGGAGUCCGGCACCCCCUCCCCGGCCAUUUGUGACAAAAUAUGAAUAAACUACUG